GUCUUUCUUUCAACAUGUUCUGCAAAGUUCUUGCUUUAAGCGCGGUGUUAGCAGUGACCAGCGCUGGUCUCCUGGCUACUCCCGCAGUUCACUACUCUCCAGCUUCCGCGGUCUCCUCACAGAGCAUCGUGCGCCAUGAGCAGCCAAUCGCCGUAGCCGCUCCCGUUGCAUACCAAUCUGCUCCAAUCGCAUACGCGUCUCCCGCUCGUUACUCCGCCGCUGUCUCUUCACAAAACAUCGUCCGCCACCAACAGCCUAUCGCCGUAGCCGCUCCUCUCUCUUACGCCUCACCUCUUUCCUACGCUGCUCCCGCUCGUUACUCAUCUGCCACUGCAGUCUCCUCCCAGAACAUCGUUCGUCACGGACAGGCCUAUGCUCCAGCCCGUCUGGCCUACCAAGCCGCGCCUGCACUCGUUGCACCAGUCGUCCACGCUGCUCCCCUUGUCCACGCUGCUCCAGCCCGUGCCAUCAACGCCCAACACGAGGAAUACGACGCACACCCCAGCUACGACUUCGCCUACUCCGUAGCCGACGGUCACACCGGUGACAACAAAUCCCAGCACGAGAGCCGCGACGGAGAUGUUGUACGUGGUGAAUACUCCCUGGUUGAAGCUGAUGGCUCAAUCCGUCGCGUAGAGUACUCCGCUGAUGACCACAAUGGCUUCAACGCUGUUGUCAGCAAUUCUGCACCCGCUCACGCCGCCCCUGCCUACGCACCGGCUGCCGUUCUUGCUCACCACUAAACAUCAGCAAAACAAUCUAAGAAUGAUAUCAUAGAUAUUAAGUUAUUUAUUGUAAAUAAACACACUAGUUAAUCAAAGUAAA